AUCGGAUUGCUGUCAGGAUGCACCGCUUUCGCAUCGUUUUCCAGACGGUCUUGGUGCCAAUACGACUUCUACUUUGCCGCCAUGACGAGUCCGAUUGUCGAAAGUCAUGUCGGGUUCAACUGGCGCUCAAGUGGAACUGGUUUUCGAUACGAAACCCGUCGAAAAGGGGAAUGUCUCGACAAGAAAUGGGAUCUUGAUUGCCCCGAAAAAAUGACUACUCACGAUAAAAUCAGUAUAGACCCGAGUCUAAUGGAAAAUUACGCCUAUCGGCAAGAAAUUCGCCGCAAACCGAUACUUUGCCUUGUCUUGACACUCGCUAAGAUUGUGUGA